AUGAGACCUCAGGUGCUAUUCGUCACACUCGCUGUUCUCGGCGUCCUCGCUGCUCUGCCACUCAGCAAAGCAGGGAAGGAGGAAGGAGGGACACUCGCCAAGAAGAAUGCAAACCAGGCGUGGCCGUGCUGCGACAAAUGCGGACUGUGCCUCCUGUCGUUCCCGCCACAGUGCAAUUGCCUAGACUUUUCACAGGGCGGGUGCCACCCGGCGUGCAGGAACUGCCUCAUGUUCACCACCAGCGGCAGCGUCCGCGAACCGCCUGUUUACCGGUGCGCGGAUUUCCUCUACAACUACUGCGAGCGCCGCUGCACGCCUGAACCUGAUGUUGUUUAA